CACCCCCAUUCCCAAAGCCGACUCCCCCCCGCUUGCAGAGCGAGUCUCCUUCCCAUCACCCCCGACCCCGCGCCCGGGCACCAGACCCUCCGCCGAGCCUCGGGCCCACCUGGGCGAGCCGGUUCCGGGAUCCGGGAACCCCCGCGCACGCGCGCCCCGGCACAGAAGGCACUUCCGCCGCUCCGUCUCCGCCUCGGUCCCGCCCCCCGCCUCCGGAGCCAAUCGACGACCUUCCCCUCGCCUUUUCCCGCCCACCCCCUCGCCUCCAUGAACAUGACGUGUACGGAAGUAGCGAUCGCGCCGGGCGCAGGCGUCGUGGGGGCCGCCGUUGCUGGGUUGAGCCGCCUGUGGAGGCGGCGGAGGUGAGGUGGGGCGGAGACAGCUGCUAGCAGGUGCCGGCCCACAGCAUCUCGCACCUCCCUCGCGGCCCGGGCUAUAAAGGAGCCGGAACGGGGUGGCUGCCUGCGGCCCCUGGGAAUGUGGAAGCCGCAGCGGGAGCGGCGAAGGAGCGAGGCUUUGGAGCUCGGCCGCUGAUGCCUUCUCAAAGAAAGGGCGACUACACCACAGACUGACCGCGAAGCAGAACCUUCCUGCCCAUCUUGAACAUGGCUGGUGGAAUCACAGACACCGGGGAGCUUUAUUCCCCCUAUGUUGGAUUAGUGUACAUGUUCAACCUGAUUGUGGGCACUGGUGCUCUCACUAUGCCUAAGGCUUUUGCUACUGCUGGUUGGCUUGUCAGCCUAGUCCUUCUCCUAUUCCUAGGCUUUAUGAGCUACAUGACCACCACCUUUGUGAUGGAAGCCAUGGCAGCAGCCAAUGCUCAGCUUCGCUGGAAGAGGAUGGAAAGCCGUAAGGAGGAAGAUGAUGAUGACUCUUCUACAGUUUCUGAUGAUGAUGUUCUCAUCCAGGAAAACUAUGAUCGGUCAGAGAAGCAGCCCAUCUUGUCUGUGCAGAGACAUGGAUCUCCUAACAUUUUUGAAAUCGCAGAUCGUGUGGAGAUGGGACAAAUGGCCUCUAUGUUCUUCAAUAAAGUGGGAGUCAACUUGUUUUAUUUUUGUAUCAUUAUCUACCUUUAUGGGGACCUAGCUAUCUAUGCUGCAGCUGUGCCCUUAUCACUUAUGCAGGUGACAUGCAGUGCCACUGGCAAUCACUCCUGUGAUAUGGAAGCCAGCACCAAGUACAAUGACACGGAUGUGUGUUGGGGCCCUAUCAGACGAAUUGAUGCCUACCGAAUCUACCUGGCUGUGUUCACACUGCUUCUUGGACCUUUCACCUUCUUUGAUGUCCAGAAGACCAAGUACCUCCAGAUCUUGACAUCUCUGAUGAGAUGGAUUGCCUUUGCCAUCAUGAUUAUCCUGGCAUUGAUCCGUAUUGGACACGGGCAAGGAGAGGGGCAUCCGCCCAUAGCAGACUUCUCUGGGAUCCGCAACCUGUUUGGGGUGUGCGUCUACUCCUUCAUGUGCCAGCACUCGCUGCCCUCCCUCAUCACGCCCAUCUCCUCCAAGAAGCACAUCACCCAGCUGGUACUGCUAGACUACGUGCUGAUCCUGGCCUUCUACAGCCUCCUUUCUUUCACUGCCAUCUUCUGCUUCCACAGUGACAGUCUCAUGGACAUGUACACCCUCAACUUCACGGGCUGCGAUGUGGUGCGCCUGGUUGUGAUCCGCUUCUUCCUGGGCCUCUUCCCUGUCUUCACCAUCAGCACCAAUUUUCCCAUCAUCGCCGUGACUCUUCGAAACAACUGGAAGACUCUGUUCCACCGGGAGGGAGAGAUGUACCCGUGGGUGGUAGACCGAGUUGUAUUUCCUAUCAUCACCUUGGUACCCCCCAUCCUUGUGGCCUUCUGUACCCACGACCUGGAGUCCCUGGUGGGGAUCACAGGCGCCUACGCCGGCAAUGGAAUCCAGUACGUCAUCCCUGCCUUUCUGGUGUACUACAGCCGGAAAGACACAAAACUUGUUUUUGGCUCUGGGAUAAUCAAUAAGCACAAGUCCCCUUUCCGAAGUACCUUCUGGGUGGGCUUUGUACUGGUCUGGGCUUUUUCCUGCUUCCUUUUUGUCACAGUCAACAUAAUCCUGAGUGAGACGAAGCUUUGACUGUGGGAACGUUCCCAACACCCAGCUCCUUUCUGCAGGAUUGCAGGCCUCCCUCCGUCCUCCACCUUAUAGCCCCAUCCUUCCAGCAUAGGGCAGACAUUGCUGGUAAUCAGGUCUGAUGGCUGUUAGGAGGCCCAUUAUCUCUCCAAGACUCCACCAGAGAUGGACCGCUGAAUCCCCUGCGUGGCACCCCGGGUGGAAUUUGGAAGCAGUGCCGGCGCUGUGACAUCCUAUUUCUACUGGACCCGACGGGUGCCUCCCUCCAUUCCCCCCCACUUAGGCUAUGGGACAACCCAGGUCUUUGCUGUAGGAGGUCUGUGGCAGAGGCCCUCCUGCCUGCUUCUCCCCUCACCUAGAACAUGUCUUGCUUCCCGAGCUACUAAGAAACUGAUCUAGUGAAAGCACAUGUCACUUUUGCCUUAGCAUAAUGGGAAGCCAGCAGGGCCUGGAGCCAAAGGACACAGAAGGGAUGGUGAGCCACAGGGGCCCUGAGCCCUGCUGUGGAUGCUCAGGAGAGACCAGGCCGCUCAAUACCGACCUAGUUCUAACUCAUGUCUAGUCUGAGUGUUCCCUGGGAGAGGAGGUAAAAGCGCCCUUUCAUCUUUUCCACUUCUCACAGGAGGUUAAUGAGAAAGGGCAAGAAAGAGAAGGGAUCUGAAUCUUCACCUCAGA